AUGGCCAGGUCGUCAACGACGACCGGCGAUGAUGGCCAUAUGGAGACCUGCGGCGGCGGCAACAGCACGGAGAGCAACAGGCUCGCAAGCAAGCUCUCAGCGAGACAGGUGCAGAUGAUCGCCAUCGGCGGCACAAUAGGCACCGGUCUCUUUCUCGGAACGGGGAAAUCGCUCGCGACAGGCGGUCCGGCCUCGAUUCUCAUCGCCUAUGCUAUUGUAGGGGGUAUGGUGUUGUUGACGAUGCUCACGCUGGGAGAGAUGGCGGCGUAUGUGCCCAUUGCGGGAUCUUUCGGUACUUUCGCCGGGAGGUAUGUCGAUGAUUCUCUGAGGUUUGCGCUCACGUGGAAUUACUGGCUUAAUGAUGCCGUUUCCACAGCGGCCGACUUGGUGGCUCUCCAGAUUGUGUUUGGGUACUGGGAGACGAAUUUCCCCAGCUGGGGACUCAGUCUUAUCUUCUGGGUCUUUCUUGUCAUCGCGAAUAUCUUUUCGGUCAGAGCAUAUGGUGAACUUGAAUACUACUUGAGCCUUUUAAAAGUCGUCACAAUUACCAUCUUCAUUAUCCUAGGAAUCGUCGUAAACUGCGGCGGCAACACGGAGCACAGAUACAUCGGAGCCAGCAAUUGGUACAUGGGCGAUGCUCCCUUUGUAGGGGGAAUUGGCGGAUUCGCGUCCGUCUUCGUAACGGCUUCAUUCGCCUAUGGCGGCACGGAAUCCAUCGCCAUCACAGCAGGCGAGAUCCAAAACCCCAUCAAGAACCUCCUCCGCGUUGUCAAAAACGCGUUCUGGCGCAUCCUCCUAUUCUACAUAGUUUCCGUGCUCCUCAUCGGCCUAAACGUCCCCUACACCUACCCCAACCUGUCCAACAAAGGCUCUUCCACGUUUGUUUAUUACCCAGUAUCUUUUAUUAGCGAAGUACGGUGUUUGUUGUACCGUAAACUUUCGCCGCUUUUCAUUUUCUGCAGCGAAUGCACAUACUCAGCUCUGCCUCCCGAUGGCGAGAAGCAAGGUACUUGUAUAGGUCCGGAAUUCCUCGGGCUCCCGACAUUUGCAGAGCCAGCAUAUCCUGACGAAUUAAAAGGAAGAAAACUGGGCUUUGAUCAAAAUGUGCUCAUGCCUAUCCCUGUGAUUGUCGGUAAGGCCGAUAGAUCUUCAUAUGCCCCCCAUGAGAUAACCGCAAAAGACAAAAGCAAAAAUAACCAUAACCAAAAUAUCACCAACAACAACAACAACAAGAACAUCAUUAAUAUAUUUUACCUCUCUACAUUCCAACCAUCUCGUGAGAAGAAAAUUGGCGAAAAAAUAAAAGAAGAAAAGAAACUGCCAACAUCCACCAUGCCCUCCCAACUCACCCACAUCUCUCUCAUCUACCGCCUCUACUUCCUCUAUUGGGAGCCCUUCAGCGCUCUCGCCGGGACCUACCUCGCCUUCUUCGACCCGCAGCGCCUCCUGCGCGGCACCGUUCCCCUGCCGGCCUACGAGCACUUCGCCAACCCAGCGACGCAGACCCUCGACAUCUCGCCGGUGCUGCAGAUGGCGCUGACCAACAUCGGGUCGCUGUACGCGCUCUUCGCUGUCAACGAGGGCAUCGUGCUGCGGCUCACGCGUGAUCGACGCAUCUGGUGCACCGUCAUCCUGGGCAUGGUCUGCUCGGACGUCGGCCACAUCUAUGCGGCGUGGAAGGUCUGGCCGGAGCGGUUGGCGCUCGGGGAGGUGCUGAAGUGGAAUUCGGACGAGUGGAUUAACUAUGGGACGUUGUUUGCUGGGUUGGGGUUGAGGAUUUUGUUCUUGUUGGGGUUUGGGAGGAGGUGA